AGUACUGUGAUCAGAGAGUUUUCUGGUUUAUCCGAUAUGGCUGCAAAAAUUCUUGUUGGCGGUGAAGAUUUCAUUGACAUGGAAGUUAGUUCGUACUCUAAUGCCAUCUUCUGCCACUCGCAGUCACAACCCAGAGAGUUUGAGUUUCAAAUGUCCUCCACUUAUGUUGAAGAGAGAUCAGAAGCUAUAGCUUCCCCAGCUGAUGAGCUUUUCUACAAAGGGAAGCUUCUUCCUCUUCAUCUUCCUCCUAGGUUACAGAUGGUUGAAAAGCUUCUUCAAAACUCUCCUUUUCCUGAUUUUGAUCACAAAAACCAGACCUUUCAUAAUGAGUUUGAUCAAGAUGAGUUCUUCAGUACUCCUUUAGCCACCACCACAAAACCCACACCAACCACAACCACAUGCAACACGCCAUUUGAGUCUUGCCAAGUUAGCAGAGAACUAAACCCAGAAGAGUAUAUCUUCGAGUUUGGUGAUGAUGAUCAUGAUCAUGAUCAUAUCGGUGAUGAAAAAAUGCAUCAGUACCAGAACAAGAAGUCAUGGACCAAGAAGCUCAUGAAAAAGCCUUCCUUAGGGUCCACCAUAAAGGCUUCAAGGGCUUACCUUAGGUCUCUCUUUGGCAAAUCUGGAGCCUGUUCUUGUGAAACCUACUAUGCAGUUUCAACAAAAGUUGCAGAUGAAAGCUCAGCUUCAAAGGGCUUGAACAAGAACGCGAAAUCAGGGAAGAAAGUACCAUUUGGACAGAUUCAGAGAACAAACAAUAAAGAAAAAAGAACGAGUAGUGAAGAUGGAAAUGGAAAUGGAACUGGAAAUAGCAAUAAUCGACACAGGAGGUCAUUCUCAGUGGGGCUAAAGUUGAUGCAAUCAGGAAACAACAAAUCUUCAUCUUCUUCAUCUUCUUCUUUUUUAGCUCCAAACAAAUCUAGUGCAACUCAUCAAAACCUCAAGAGGUGUUGUAGUACGAACUCUGAGAGAGAAAAUUCGAUCCAGGGAGCCAUUGCUCACUGUAAGAAGUCGUCUCAGAUCAGUAUAAGUGAUAAUAAUGGAGGAACAACAAGUUUAUGUUCGUUUUCUGCUCAACAAAUACCUGCGAUUUGUAGGGGCUGAUCGAUGAUGAUCUCAAACUUUGAUUUGGUUCCUUGUAAUUCCUCUAGUUUUAAGAAUGUUCGGCCUUUGUUAUUAAAUUUUGUUAUCCUGACUAUACUUGUGGCACUUUGAUAUCUCAAAUAUAAAUAUAUAUGACU